AAAUACGUAUUACUAACAAGACGUAUGCGGUAAACUUUUCCAUUUAUAAAUUACGAAAUAAACUUUUCAAUAAUACAAAAUAGAUAUCAACUAGGUAGGUACGUAAUGCAGAGUCAUAACGGCAACGCUGCAAAACGUGUUGUGAUUCCAACCGAACCGCGCAGUUUGCGUCCGUGCGCGUCACAGACUAUACUACUCUACAGCUUAUUACACGGCGUCCGCUCGCUAACGUUCCAGAAUGUUCGAUACGGAAAAAUUAAUUACGGAAAUACAACGCAGGGAAUGUCUGUGGAAUAGCAAGAGUAAAGGCUAUUUAGAUAAAGGGGCCAGAAGGGAGGCUUGGGAAGAAAUAGGAAGGUUGUAUCAUGAUGAUUGGGACACAGUUUCAUCUGAAGAAAAGGAUACAAGAGUGGACUAUUUAGUUAGAAAAUGGCGGAACGUGAGGGACUACUACAUGCGAUCAAAAAAGCGAGACAGCUAUAUUCAAGAACACCCGAAAAAGGCUUCAAAGAAAAAGAGAUACUACUAUUACGAUCAACUCCGCUUCCUAGAUGCUGUUUUUAAGAGCAGAUCUUACAGUAUAAGUGAUAGAGACGAAGUGACGAAUGGUGAAGAUUUAGAUAUGUCAAAUGAUAUUACAUAUGAACCGUGUUUCAUAACAGAGGAUUCGAACGAAGCUCCAUAUAUAAAAGAGGAAGAGAGAAGUCCACAAGCCAUGGCAUUCCCGCUGCACGUGCCUCUCGAGAAACCAGACCAAGAUCUAAACGUGACGGCGAAUCAAAACUUCUUGCUGUCAUUACUACCGGAUAUGACGUCACUGAAUGAGCGGCAAAAUAUUAUGUUCCGUAUCGGAGUUCUUAAUUUGUUAAAUAGUUUGAAAUUUGGAGCUACAGAUGGUACGCAAAAUUAAGUGAAAAAACAUAAAGGAAUGGUCGAAAACCAACCAGAGUUUUUUUGCAGUCAUCAAUUAUUUGAAAUAUAAAAUGAAAGAUGUCAGAGAAUAUUAUUUGACAUGUUAUUGAGUACCGUACUUAAAUAUCAGGCUUAACUUAUAUUAUUUAGCCCCUGCUAGUUAGACCCCUACGAGAUAGAUAACAUUGAACAUGACAAAGAUUAGAAUUCAAGUUUGUGAAUUCUAUAAAAUUUACAAGAGGGAAUGAAAAAAAGGUUAAUACUUCUGUUAUAAUAUGACUCAAAAAGUAGCUAAACCAUUAAAUAAGUACAAUUUAUUGAAAAAAGGUUUAAUUACCUCUUCGUUUUUGUAAAUUGUUAUCUUUAUCGUAAUGCAAUUACAAAUAGUAUUAUUGUUGCA